AUGGGAGAGUCACGCACCGAGCUCAUCAUGUGGCUCAACGACCUCCUCGCCCUCAACUACACAAAGGUCGAGCAGUGCGGUUCCGGCGCCGCCUACUGCCAGAUCAUCGACUCCAUCUACGGAAACGUCGUCAUGCCCAAGAUCAAGUUUGACGCAAAGCACGAGUACGAGUACCUCAACAACUUCAAGGUCCUCCAGGACACCUUUAAGCGAAACAAGAUUGACAAGCCCAUCCCCGUCGACCGCCUCGUACGCUGCAAGAUGCAGGACAACCUCGAGUUCCUGCAGUGGAUCAAAAAGUUCUGGGACAACAACUUCCCCGGUAACCCCUACGACGCAGAAGGCCGCAGGGCCGGCCAGGUGGCCGCCCCACCGCCAUUGCUCGGCGCCACCACGGUCGGCUCGGCCCGCCUCACCGGCUCCUCUACCGGGCGCGCCCCCGUUCGUGCCGCGGCCGGUGCCGGUGCGUCGACGGGCGCGACGCGGAGGCCCAUCGGCGGCGUCUCGAGGACCUCGGCUGCCGCCGCCGUGCCCAACGAGACGAUCCAGGCGCUCACCGCACAGAUGGACGAGAUGAAGGUCAGCGUCGACAGCCUCGAAAAGGAGCGCGACUUCUACUUUGCAAAGCUCCGCGACAUCGAGAUUCUGGUACAAGAGCGACUCGGCCUGCUCGGCGAAGAGGCCGAGCAAAAUCCCGACCCGGAAGCCGAGACGCUCAAGCAGAUCCAGGCGGUGCUCUACAGCACCGAGGAGGGCUUCGAGGUGCCAGAGGGCGCAGAGCCCCCUCUGGACGAGGAGGAGACGUUCUGA